UGUCUUCUUUAGUGUCUUCAUGUGGUGGCUUUCUGCAUUUAAUGGGUGCCUGGGUGUAUCUUCACAGAGUAUUUGCAUCCAAAGAAUAACAGAUCUGUGAAUAAAGAGAUUGUCAGCUUUCCUUUAUUAGCUACAGAUACUCAUAAAGUUGUAGAUUUGUGGGAACCUGUAUUUUCCGUAUAAUGACUAGUCCUGUGUUUUUGUUCCAAAAUGAUGUGUGAGGUGAUGCCCACCAUCAGUGAAGAAGGCCCUUCAGGAGGAAGUGAAAACCAUGGAUCUGGCUGCCCUUCACAACCAGAUGCAGAUUCCCAUUUUGAACAGCACAUGAUGUCCAUGCUAGAAGAAACAUACAUUGCUUAGAGCACACUGAUAGAGACUCAAGAAACAUUGGCGUUGACCCAGGGGAAAUUGCUCGAGGUUGGUCAUGAGAGAGAUUCGUUGCAGAGACAACUCAAUACUGCGCUUCCACAGGAGUCUUCAACGCUUGCAAAAGAGCUCAACAUUUGCAGGGAACAGCUGCUUGAGAAGGAAAAAGAAAUUGCUGAACUGAAAGCAGAAAGGAACAACAUGAGGCUGCUCCUGGAACAUCUGGAGUUCCUUGUCUCCAGGCAUGAACGCUCUCUCGAAACGACUGUGAUGAAGCGGCAGGCGCGGUGUCCUGCAGGUGUGUCCACAGAGAUGGAAGUGCUAAAAGCACUGACAUCCUUAUUUGACCACCACAAGACCCUGGACGAAAAGGUGCGAGAGCAAUUACGUGUAGCACUGCAAAGGUGCAGCUUGCUGGAAGAGGAACUGGGCGCCACGCAGAAGGAGCUAAUGACUCUUAAAAAACAGAAUGAUCAGAAAAAAUCACCAAGAGAUGGAGUGCUUGACCAUGAAGAAGAAGAAACACCAAGCACUAGUGGAAAGUUGCUAGCUUGCAGAGAAGAAGAACGAGAUGACAAGACAACGAUAAAAUGUGAAACUUCCCCUCUCUCCUCUCCGAAGUCCCUUCAGCUAGACAGGCUGCACACGGGGGCGUUGCAAAUAGUCAGCCACGAGGACAUCAGGGACAUGCAAAAAUCAAAAAGUGCCCAGGAUGGUCCUGUGAGCAAUCCCAAUAGCAGUGACAGCAGGCAGGACUCGCCCCACAAAGCCCCAAAGAAGAAGGGCAUCAAGUCCUCCAUUGGUCGUUUGUUUGGCAAAAAGGAAAAGGGUCGGCUUGGACAAACUGGCAAAGAAUCACCAGGACAAGAAACCUCAUCUCAGGAUGCGUUCCGACAUAGCAAAUUGGGAGGAAAGGAUGAAAAAAAUCGUCAACUUCAAAAACACUCAACAGGCUCCCAGGAAGGUCCUGUGAACAAUCCCAGUACCAGUGACAGCAGGCAGGAUGCGCUCCACAAAGCCCCAAAGAAGAAGAGCAUCAAGUCCUCCACUGGUCGUUUGUUUGGCAAAAAGAAAAAGGUUCUGCCUGGACAAACUGGCAAAGAAUCACCAAGACAAGGUGGGCCGGUUUUAGGCAGCUGUCCUAACUGCUGGGAUUGGGAGAGCCUGAGAUUUUUCCUAUGUGCCUGCUGCAAAAUUUGGGGGCUUUUCUUCUCUUUUGUAGCCGUUGUUUCUGAAACGGAAAACUCAUCUCAGGAUGCCUUCCAACUUAGCAAAUUGGGAGGAAAGGAUGAAAAAAAUCGUCAACUUCAAAAACAGCCUGAGUUGCUGGAGGAAGCCCAGAGGCAAGGCUUACCAUUUUCACAGUGGGACGGGCCAACCGUGGUUGAAUGGCUGGAGCUCUGGGUUGGGAUGCCUGCUUGCUAUGUGGCUGCCUGCAGAGCAAAUGUGAAAAGUGGGGCCAUCAUGUCAGCUCUGUCAGACAGACAGAUCCAGCAAGAGAUUGGCAUCAGCCACCCUCUGCACAGACUGAAGCUGCGGCUGGCCAUCCAGGAAACCCUGUGGCUCACCAGCCCUUCGGCUCCACCCACAUUGAAAAAGACCACAGGAAAUGUCUGGUUAACACAUGAAGAGAUGGAAACACUCGCAGCCACAUCUCAGAUGGAAGAUGAGGAGGGAAGCUGGAUUCAGACACUUGCAUAUGGGGACAUGGACCACGAGUGGAUUGGCAAUGAGUGGCUGCCCAGCCUGGGCCUACCUCAGUACCGAAGCUAUUUCAUGGAGUGCCUUGUGGAUGCUCGGAUGCUGAACCACCUGACCAAGAAAGACCUGCGGGGGCGGCUGAAAAUGGUUGACAGUUUUCACAGGAACAGCUUCCAGUGUGGACUUAUGUGCCUGAAAAGGUUAAAUUAUGAUCGGAAAGAACUGGAAAGAAGAAGAGAAGAAAGUCAGGAUGUAGUUAAAGAUGUGCUUGUUUGGAGCAAUGAUCGAGUGAUUCGCUGGGUCAUAUCCAUUGGCCUUAAAGAAUAUGCAAACAACCUCAUAGAGAGUGGGGUUCAUGGCGCACAGCUGGCCUUAGAUGAAGCCUUCGAUUACAACACAUUGGCCCUGUUGUUACAGAUCCCGACAGAGAACAGAAAGGCUCGAAAUGUCUUGGACAAAGAAUUUGCCGACCUUUUGGUCCUUGGGACUGUCAGACGUUUUGAUGUCGAGGAUGACAAACACUUUAGGAGAGCACCUUCAUGGAGAGAGAAGGUUAGAGAAAAGGCCAUUCACGGUGUGGCAACUGGGUCAUCAGAGACACUCCCUGCAAACUUCCGAGUCUCUUCUUCCAAGUCUUCCCACUCUGUGCAGCCCAAUGAGAUCCAGAUGGAUGGCAGUGUAUCAGAAACACAGAAGUUGGAUUCUGCGACAACCAGGACUUCCUCCCGUUAAGCCUCCUGUUGUUUUCCUGCACUACUUCUACAGAUGAUGUGCAGCAUUUGGAAUCCAACAGAGACUACAUUUUUUAAUUCAGUCGAAUCGCUAUCUGUUAAUACUUGUUAUAUGGAUAUUUUAUAACAGAGUUUUUAAUUAAUAAAAAAUUCAUCAAUAACAUAGAGAAAAUAUUUUAGAAUUUAAUGUUUCUUCUAUUUUUGUAAACUUAGGACUUUUCAUUUAUAUAGUUACUUACUUUUUCAUCUAUGUUUAGAUAUCUCUGGAAGCAAUUCAUGUUCUUAUAUCUAAUUUUAGUCUUUCAAAUGAAUGUACUGUAGUGCUUGUAUGUAUAAACCCUAUGAACAAAUACAUGGCUUUUGUAAAUUGUGCACAUAUUGUAAUUAUUACUAUUUAACUUUUUAAUGAUAAGCCAUCCCUGAAAAAAUUAGUUUACUACACUUUUUUUUGUCUUUUUUGUUACUUUUUUUUUUUUUUUUUUGGUCUUUUUCCUUUUUAUUGGUACCAGGGAUCGAACUCACGACUGCCUGCUUCCAAGGCAGGUGCUUAUGCCGCUGAGCUAAAUCCCCAGCCCCUUUUUUUGUCUUUUUUGUUUUUAUCGGCACUAGGGAUCAAACUCAGGACUGCCUGCUUGCAAGGCAGGUGCUUAUGCCACUGAGCUAAAUCCCCAGCCCAGUUUACUACAUUUAUAAAAUUGUUGUGACAUAAGCAAUGUGCAUUAUCCUUCACCUUGCUCUACAUCAGUCAUUUUAAAAUCAGGAGACUUCAUUCCAAGCAGUUGUCAUAUUUUGAGGUUGACUGACCUUAACUGUUCUUUUUUUAGCAAGAAAUCAGAGUCUAAUAAAGUCGGGACUGAACCGUUGCACCAGAGCACUAUAGAACUUUCUUAGCACUGGUUCCCUUUUCCCCAUCCUGUCUCUGGACUUGGGGAGCUUGUCUUCAGAGACUUGACCAGAAGCCAUGAGCUUGGAGCUGCUCUCAGCAGGGCUGGAGUGGCCAGGGGUGGACCCCAGCCUGGCACCUUCCCUGCCUCUUUCCUGUGAGCAUGUGGAAGGUGCCUCCAGCUAUUCUUAGAGGACCAAUCACUGAGCACUGUGCUCACAUCUCACAGACAUUGGUGCAUGAGCAGAUGAGAGCAGGAAACCCUGAAAAUAAAGUUGUACAACUCUAACUAAUCAAGGCCUUAUUUUUCAUAUGUCAGUCACCUUUUUACAUUGGUUUAUAAACAUGUUUCAACUAGUCAUACAUUUUUAGAUUUUGAUGACAUAGCCAUUUUGGAUUGAACAAGUAGCAAAAGCAACUUGCUUUUCACUGGCAUAUUAAAAAGCCAGCAAGGAAGGAGUCAGAUCAGGGUGCGUGUUAUUUAUUGUGCAACUGAUACAUGGGUAGAGGCAGCAUGCCUUUUUAAUUUAGUUUAUGCAGGGGCUGGGGAUUUAGCUCAGCGGCAUAAGCGCCUGCCUUGCAAGCAGGCCAUCGUGAGUUCGAUACCUGGUACCGAUAAAAACGAAAAAGACAAAAAAAAAAAAAAAAAGAAAGAAAAAAAAUAAUUUGGUUUAUGCAUACAAUUCACUUGUACAAUCCAUAUUACUGCCCUUUUUCUAUUAAUUUUUGUGGAAUUUUCUGAGUAUGUAACAAAGUAUACAGUCAUAUACAUAUAUAUACUUUUGAACUAUUUUAAUCACAGUAUUAUUUAUUGCUUUCUUUCAAUAAAGUUCUGAAUCAUU